CCAGAAGACAGUGGCUGUUAUGAAGCAUUUUAACCUGUUCUGUUCUAUUCUAUAUCCUGUCGACGUCCCCCUCCGGUGUGUCGUCAUGGUCGGAGCAGCCGGUGAUUGGUCGAGGGCGGGUGAGUGAGGGAGGUAAUGAGUGUCUCGCAGCAGCAGCAGCAGCCGCGGCGUCGCAGCAUCUCGUAAAGGAAGGAGACUGUCCGGGCUUUUGUUUUGUGGCCGUGAAUGAGAGCCAACGUCUCCUCCUUCUCUUUCUCCUUCCCGAAAUGUGCGUGGAUUUAAUGAGGACGUGGCUACUCCUUCAUCUGGUCAUCCUCCGGCUUCAUUCAUCAGGAGCAACGGAUGAGUGUGAGGAUGGACAGUUUCAGUGCAACAACAAAAGGUGUAUUCCGACCCUGUGGAGGUGUGACGAUGACGACGACUGUUCAGACAACAGUGAUGAGGAAAACUGCCCGAGGAAAACGUGCGCCCCUGCGGAGUUUGCCUGCCUGAACGGACAGUGUGUCCCGGGGCGAUGGCGUUGCGACGGUGAACCGGAGUGUCCAGAUGGUUCUGAUGAGGCAGAGGAGACCUGCAGCAAGCAAACGUGCCCCCCGGAGAAAUUUGACUGCGGGGGAGCCACCAACAAGUGUGUCUCGCUCUCGUGGAGAUGCGAUGGAGAGAAGGACUGUGAGAACGGGGCAGAUGAGGAGGACUGCGCUGCUGAUGCCAAAGUCUGCCCCAGCGGUGAAUUUAUGUGCGCCAACCGCAAGUGCUUGGCCACCGUCUACCUGUGCGACAGCGACGAUGACUGCGGAGACGGCAGUGACGAGCUCAAGUGUGGCUCCCCACUCACCUGUGGUCCCAAUCACCUCCGCUGCAACAGCUCAGAGUGCGUCCCCCUCAUGUGGAGCUGUGACGGAGACCCUGAUUGCUCGGACGGUUCCGACGAGGGCCCGGAGCGGUGCGGAGGCGACGGGCUCACUUACCUCCUGAACCGACGAGCAAACUGCACUGCCGGAGAGUUCCGCUGUGACAACGGGGAAUGUGUGCGACUGACCUGGAAGUGUGACGGAGAUCCGGACUGCAAGGACAAGUCUGAUGAAGCUGACUGUCCCCUUCUGACGUGCCGCCCUGACGAGUUCCAAUGCGGUGACGGUUCCUGCAUCCAUGGAACCAAACAGUGUAACAAGGUCCAUGACUGUCCAGACCACAGUGAUGAAUCAGGCUGCGUGAACGCCACCAAGUGUGAGGGCCCUCUGAAGUUUCUGUGCAAGAACGGAGAGUGUAUCGACAGCUCUAAAGUGUGCGACUCUGUCAAGGACUGCAAGGACCGGUCGGACGAACCCAAAAAAGAGUGCGGUCUUAACGAGUGUAUGAUCAACAAUGGCGGCUGCUCCCAUAUCUGCAUGGAUCGGCCAAUCGGCUUUGAAUGUCAGUGUCCGGCAGGAUACCAGCUGCUGGACAAAAAGACCUGUGGAGACAUUGAUGAGUGUCAUUACCCCGACUCCUGCAGCCAGAUCUGCAUCAACUACAAAGGGGACUUUAAGUGUGAAUGCUACGAAGGCUACGAGAUGGAUCCUGUCACCAAGACCUGUAAAGCUGAGGGGAAGAGUCCUUACCUGCUGUUCACCAACCGCCACGAGAUCCGCCGCAUCGACCUGGUGAAGAGGGAGUACAGUCAGGUGGUCUCCACGCAGAAGAACGCAGUGGCUCUGGACCUGGACAUGGCCAACAAUCGGGUUUUCUGGUGCGACCGAUUUUAUCGCAAAAUCUACAGUGCUUUCAUCCACGACGCCAGCGACCCCUCCCAGCAGGUGCCGCUGGUGGAUUCAUCUCUGCAGACCCCCGUGGGCCUGGCUCUGGACUGGCUCCAACACAACCUCUACUGGACAGAUUCUGGAGACAAAUCCAUCUCGGUGGCUUCAGUGGACGGCACCAAGAGGCGCGUCCUUAUCAACACCGACCUCAGUGAACCUCGAGCUAUAGCGCUGGAUCCACACCACGGGUUCAUGUACUGGUCAGACUGGGGCACUCGAGCCAAGAUAGAGAAGGCUGGAAUGAAUGGUGUGGACCGUCAGGUGCUGGUGGCUAACAACAUUGAAUGGCCCAAUGGAAUAACACUGGAUGUAGCUAACAGACGUCUUUACUGGGUGGAUUCCAAGCUCCAUCAUAUCGCCAGUGUGGACCUGAAUGGAGCCCAUCGCAGGACACACAUAUCCUCUGCAGAAACGCUGGGACACCCCUACGCUCUGGCUGUUUUUGAGGAUCGAAUCUACUGGACAGACAGAGACAGGGCAGCGGUUUUCGUGGCCAACCGACUGACCGGGCAGGAAGUUCACAUGCUGGCGGAAAACCUCAACGACCCACACGACAUCGUGGUCUUCCACCAGCUGCGUCAGCCGCGCGGUCAGGACAGCUGUAACCUCGGCAGUGUAGCCAACGGGGGCUGUGAGUACCUGUGUCUCAAAGCCCCUCAGAUAACAGAGCACUCUCCGAAAUAUACCUGCACCUGCCCGGACGGACAAGCACUGGGGCCAACCUUCUCUCUCUGCUCCCCAGCUGGAGGCGAGAACUUUCUUCUGGGGGAGAACCUGACAGUAGCCGUGUUAGGAGUGGUGAUCCCGAUCGUGGUUUUCGGCCUGGUCUGCACUGGCGUCUAUCUGGUGUGGCGGAACUGGCGCACCAACUCCACCAAGAGCAUGAACUUCGACAACCCCGUUUACCGAAAGACCACGGGCGAGGGCGAGGAGGACGAGAUCCACAUCGGUCGGACUGACGCCAUGGCUCAUCACGCUCACCACCAUCCCUACCCGCAAGGCAUCAGCGUGGGCGUGGUCGGAGCUGGAGGGGGAACCUGUCCGCAGUUCAUCGCCCUGCCACUGGGGGGUAGCAUGCCAGAUCCGGGGACGCACUGGUACACGGAGCAGCCCAUGCUUUCUACCGCCAAGUGAAUCCGCGUUUGGGGGACCGCUCCGUGGAUAAAACGGCCGCUCAGGCACACGCGCACACAGUGAGGUCGGGGACGACUGGGGGUUGAGACUGCUGAAAGGUCAAAAGGCGUCAUCUGUUGUGAACACGCAGCCUCUCACCGCCAUGUUUUGUGCCAUAUUUAUAUUGGAAGAUCCAGCGAUUUGAAAUGACACGAGCAUCAUUUUUACGAUAUACAACGUCCCGGCUGCGCUCGGACGAUUUUUUUACCUCUAGAACCAGAAUUUGCAGUAUGUGCCAAUGUGUUCCUAACACUGAUCGAGGAACGGAGUCGGACUGUCGUGAGAUGUGUCUUAGUGCUAGUGCGAGUGUUUUGUGACUGGACUUUUUUUGUUCUUCGGUCCGGUCACGCGGGCUCGGCGAGGCGGCGAGGAGCUCCGAGAACACGAGGUUUUGAUUAGAGACGGAGCUCUGACGGUGGAGCUGUGGCUGCGAUGGUGAAACAGUCUGUACAGAUCCAUGUUCAUCUGAGUCACCCGUGCCGUGAAUGAAGACGUCUGUGUGGAAAACAUCGUGACCCACGUGUUUGGUUACUUCUUUCCUCUUCCCUUUCACUUGGUUGUUUUUUUCUAUUUUUUUACUCACCAUAAUCGAGAACUGUUGUGACGUUGACGCUCAAGAUUUUAUUUUUUAAUACACUUUCUUUACCUUCUUCCAUCAGCAUAGAAACACCGACAGGAAUUCAAAUAUCUGAUUUAGAAAACAAUGCAUUUUCCCGUAAUUCGUUUUCUAUUACCCGAAAGGUUAUAAGGUCAUUACUGUGAAUUUUU